GGCGUUACGUAUAAUGACGCUUAGACAGCGGGUUGCAAUCUUGGCCAGCAUUCAGUAAUGUCUUUGCUAUUGGACGUGCCUCGCGCCUGUCUCGUACAACGUUAGAAUCACAUCGAUAAAAACACAUGUUAAAAUGUUUUAAGAGACUUCCAAAAUUCACGUCUACUGUAAAUGAGAUCUCCAAAAUACUAGUCAAUGGACAAGGAAAGCAGUUGAUUCAAUGGUAAACUAUUACGCAAAGAUAAAUUGGGCCGAACAUAAAAUCACCAGCAGCUAUGGAGCAAUAUCUGUUGGCCGUAGCAACUAUCACAUCGUUUAUAUCAACAGUGUCAUCGCUGCAGUGCUACCAAUGUCUAAUCAACCCUCCACCUGGUCAAUACUAUAACACGACCAAACGGUUGUGCAGUCACUUUGACCAUUCAGAUACAUUUGUCGUGGAAUGUCCCUUUUCUACAAUGUGUAUGAAGCAGGAAUUCUAUCUGGACAUUCAAAAUGGAGUUCGAAUAUCAGCAGUCCUGCGUGAUUGUGCACCUCAAAAGCACGCAUAUCACGACAUCGAGAACGGCAGGUGGUUCCCAAAGACCGAGGUUCUGGAACCUUACAACGAGGGAUGCACAGAUAUUGACAAUGACAAAGGAGAGAGAACAACUCCCACGAGUUUCUGCUACUGCAGAGAGAAUCUGUGCAACACAUCACCGAAUACCAGCCAAGAAGGCUACACGGACAUUAUGGGCGUCAUAAUGGUGUUCAAUUUGAUGAAAUUCAUAAACAGUCUCAGAUAGUGAACAGUGACGUGUGGCAUAUAAAAAUAUGAGGACUAUAGAUAUCAAACGUCUAUGAAUGUGAGCUGAAGAUGUUAAACGUACAUGAGUAAUCAGUAUGGAGAAAACUUUAGUCAAAUAGUAUACCUGUGUGUAUUUUAAAGUGUGUAAUAUAUUUCACAAAUAAAAACUGUUGCUUCAUCUAUUAAAAUAAAUCACAUAUUUUUUUUUAUAUAUUAAAAUACAAUCUAGUAACAAAGUGUGUAUUGUAACUGGAUUGGUAUCGUUUGGAGUUAUUUUCAAUAUUAAUAAACGUGUAUACAUCAUUAUAUAAUUCUUUUUAUACAAGAAUAACUAUAACAUAAAAUUUUUCCAUCAGAAAGCAGACGUUUUCUCUGUUAUUUUAAGAAGAAUAAUUUCUUGACUACAGUAUCCUACUUUUUACCACUAUUGUACUGUUUCUCCAAUAAAAAUUUAGUAUUGAUAAUAAAAAAAAUAACCAGUAAAAUGAAAAAAAAAAUCGUUAGCCAUAUUUUAAGUGUCUAUGUGAUAUUUUUGUUACCGUAUAGCUUAUCAAAUUUCUAAUAUAAGUAAACAAAGUCAAUGAUUUGAAUUGUAUAAUUUAUUAUAUCUACACUUGUACACGAUCGUUUAAGGUACACGCUUUUUUAUGAUUGUAAAUAAAUGUUACUGAUGUAUUA